AUGACUCAACGACCCGCACGUCCAUUACGACUUUUACAAUCCUCAUGGAAUAUGAAUCUCGUGCGGGAAUCCACACAAACUCCUUCUUCUUCUUCUUCUUCUUCUUUAUUGGCGGUGUAUAAACCCAGCGGCCUUCCAUACUUCUCCGCCUCUCAACUCACACCGCAGGGAAAUCAUUCCGCUUCCAAUGCCGGUAGUGGAAAACAUCUCUUCACCGCCGCAGCCGCCGUCCAUCAUUUACCAGCCGUCUCCACAAGUGAUAUGAGUGAUUCUCUUCUCAGUCGAUUAACGGAUUUACUUCCACCAGGAAAAGGUACACCGCGUAUCGUGUUGCCUCUCAUGCAUCCCGCACUCACACGGUAUAGUUCCGCUGCGUAUGUGAAUGGACUUACUUCUCAACGUAAAGGGACGACACUUAUUGCGUGUUCUUCUUCAGAGUUUAUGUUUCUUCGUAAUUGUCAUUAUUUACGGCUUGUGCGAAGUGUUUAUCGUGUGGUUUGUCGGAUUCCAUCAUGUGUGGCUGCCCGAGUGCGAGUAAAGACAAGAACACAAAUGACAGAAGAGCAGGAAAGGAAAAAUGCAUUUAAGAAUCCAUACAUUCAACAAUUCCUUCAACAAUCAAGUGGAUCUUCAGGAGAAGUAGAUGGUAUUUCAUUAGACACGAAUAAUAUGAAUAGUAGUAGUAAUGGAAGUGAGAGUGUGGGAUUACCAAGAUGUGCAUAUCCACAUCCACUCCUACAAGGAGGUUUUUACAAUAUCAAAGAAAGGAAACUACUACGCUAUGGUACAGUAUCUGGAUAUCUUAGUUCAUAUAAACUACCACGUCAUUUACAAACUGUAGUGGCUCAACAAAAACGAUUAAAAUCCCUUUUUCUUUCACCAACAGGUGUACAUACCACCACUUCUUCUUCUUCUUCCACUUCAUUAUUAUCAUCUCAUACACCUGCUAUUGUGAAUGAAAAUAACUGUGAAGUCUGUAGAGUCAAAUCCACUGCUGGAAUAGACACGGAAUCCCAUCCAUGGAUAGAAGAAGAAUACCGCAUGCGUGUAGGACUGGAUGUAAAGAUGGCAGCAGGAAAAACAACGGCAUCUGAAAUACAUGAAUUACAAGAGAAUACGAAUAAUAAUAGCAACGCAUCUUCUUUAGAUUUAUUAUCAUCACAAACACGAGGAUUACAAUCUAUUGUGGGAAAAUCAUUUAAAUUUGAUUUUAGACUUGUACGUAUGAGUGAGUCCUGUGAGUUUGCCUUGUAUGAAGUCUCUACAAAUGAUGCCUCUGAGGAAGAAAUCAAAGCCGCCUUUGCCGCUUCUAAUCUCUUUGUAUUAAAUGAUUUUGUAAAUGAUAUGACCUUAGCGAAUGCCAUGAUGGAAGUUACUCAACAACUUCAUAGACUUCCACAGGCAAAAUUAUCUCAAUUACCAAUGGCACUUCAACAUACACUUCGACAAGGUUCUCCUGUGGAGUUGGUAGCUGAACCUCUUUUCACCACAACAGCUCCAUCAAGUAAUAUACAUACAUCAUCCUCUACCUUAACAGAACAUGUGAAUUCCUGUGGAUAUCGUUAUUCAUUUCUUUUAGAAGCUCUUAUGCAUUUAAAUAACGAAUCCGCUUAUCAACGUGUGGCUCAAUUGGCUUUAGGAUCUGGUGUGGAAUGUGCAGCUAUUCAUUUCCCAGAUCCAACAGAAGACUCUAAUGCCUAUGCAGUUCAACAUUUAUUACUACGUAUGCAAGAAGAAAAAGAAAAAGAAAAAGAAGAAUUAACAGAUGCGUAUUGUAAAAGAGUAGCGGAUCGUAUGAUAUUUGUGAGUCGUGGGAUUUCAAAUGAAUGUGAAACUUACAAUAGUGUAUUAAAUAAUAAUGAUCAUCGAUUACAAAUCCCAUCACCAGAAGAAAUUUCUAAUUUGUGGGGUAAUGGACCUAUUUCUGCGGCUGUACGAAGAGAAGAAAUGAGUGAAUUGGGAUGUGUAUAUUGUGGGGCAAGUGGACAUGUGUGGAGUUCAUGUCCAGAGGGAUUUCCAUUGUUAACAAAUGAAGUAACAAAGGCGAAUACAUCAUUAGAUAAUCAUAGUCACAAUACUAAUGAAAAGGAGAAUAAUAAUAAUAAUAAUAAUAAUAAUAAUAAUAAUAAUAAUACUUCCAUGUUAACAAGCAAUAUGGAUCCCCAUAGGAAAGAGGAUACAUCUAAUACUAUGCUUCUCUCAACUGUAGAGGAUGUACGGGAUGCUCUUCAACAAACAUCUACAGAUUCCACACAUACCAAUAUAUAUACAUGGAAUACGGAGAAAAGUGUGAUUUCUAUUCCCAACACCGCCAGUACGCAGGCAUUUAAUCCACACGCCUAUCGUCGUAAUAACGCACGGCCGGCAUUACAUCAACAUCGUUUACGUUGUGCCUACUGCAGUGGACGACAUCACAUCACACAAUGCCCAAAACUCUCCGGUGAGGCUUCUGAAGAUAAUAAUAAUAAUAAUAAUAAUAAUAAUAAUAAUAAUACACCAUAUCUUCACAGUGAGAAAUUUCCUCCACAUGUGAAGGAACGACUCUUUUGUAUUAAAUGUGGACACUACGGACAUCUUUACACAAACUGUCCAUCUCUGCCAACGGGUCUACACACUGCUCUUCACUGUCCACUGUGUUUACUACCGCAUAGAAAGAUUCGACACACCCCAACGCAGUGUCCACGGCGUGUGAGUCCACCGCGUGAUUAUUUACCAAAUGGAGUGCCGGCCGCAUUUAGACAAGAAGAGAAGAGUGGGACUCAUCAUCGUAAACAUAACAGCAUGAGAUCUCGUGGUGGGAGUGGUGGAGUACUUCUCUCAGAUUCUUUUCUCUCACAGAAGUAA